CAAAACACGACUACUGUCCAUUUUGUCACCAGACUCAGCGGAGUGUGUGUGCGCCGUAAGAAGAUAACGCCGCGACAAGUGCCCAUUCUGAGCAACAAGUGCAUAGUGCACUCUUUUUAAACAACGCAUUAUCACCACUCAAAUCAGACAUAACACUGCAUCUCGGACUUAAAUCUAAUCACAAUCAAAGUUGCAUUCGGCGUAAAUUAUUGUUCGAAAUUAUUUUGAAGUGAAGUUUCAUGAGAUUAUCAAUCAGUAUUUUGCUACAUUCCCAAAAUUUAGUGAUGAGUUGUGAGCAAAGAACAAAAAAGUAAAAAGUUUAAAAUUUAUUUAAAAUAUAUUUUAAAUUGUUAUCAUAUUUAUCGCAAAACUAAAACAGUGAAAAAUGACAACGGAAAACAAGCAAAUUCCAACUAUCAGUAAAACUAUCAGUAAAAAGGAUGAAAAAACCUAUUGUGCUUGCGACAAUGACUCUCAAGCGAAGGAUACGAAAGAAGUGAUCAAGUUGAAAGACACAAAAACAUCGGAAACGACGAAAGAAAAAGCUAAAGAUGCCGAAGCUUCAAAGAAAAAUGAAAGCAAAAGCAAAUUCACGACACGACAAAAAAUCGGCCUUACGAUGCUGGCGACCGUGGAGUUUUCGAGCUAUUGCUCGAUGUCCAUCAUGGCGCCGUUUUACCCUCGCGAAGCCACCGAUAAAGGCAUGUCCGAAUCCCUUGCUGGCUUCGUGUUUAGUUUUUACGCUCUUGUGAUAUUUGUAUCUUCUCCUAUCUUUGGUAAAAUCUUACCAAAAGUCGGAGUUAAACCCUUGUUCAUUGGAGGAAUUGCCACCUCCGGUAUUUGCAGUAUUAUAUUUGGGAUGCUCAAUUACGUUCAGGACUACUACCUCUUCACAUUCCUGUCGUUUGCGAUCCGCGGCGCCGAGGCAUUAGGCGCUGCCUCCUACUCUACAGCCGGAUACGUGCUUGUAAUCAACAUCUUCCCCAACAAUGGCGGCACCGUCAGGGGAAUUUUGGAAACCUUUGUGGGCCUUGGUAUGAGUGCAGGUCCUGCGAUUGGAGGUUUCUUAUACGCGGUUGGAGGCUUUGGACUACCAUUCUAUGUUGUAGGAACAAUUACACUAUUGGUAGCACCAUUAAACGUCUUUCUUUUACCAUCAACUAAAGAAUGCGCCAUGAACGUUAAAAGUGGAUCAUUCCGAAGUAUACUUAAGAUUCCUUCCGUGAUCGUGACUUGUUUCAUAAUUGCGUUGGUAUCAACUACCUGGGCCUUCCUGGACCCUACAUUAGAACCGCAUCUGAGACACUAUAAAUUGAGUGCCAGUAAUAUUGGUCUGAUAUUCCUUUUGCUCUCGAGUAUGUAUGGAAUCUUUAGCCCAAUUUGGGGCUGGGUUUCAGAUAAACUAACUAAACACUAUUGGUGUUUGAUGACUCUCGGCCUCGCAAUGUCCAGCAUUAGCUUAUUACUGCUUGGACCAUCUCCAAUGUUGACAUUUUUGCCGAAAUCAAUGUGGUUGAACAUAGUUGCGCUUUCGUUUCUGGGUGUUUUCGUCGCUAUGGGAUUAAUGCCGACUUAUCAGAGCAUCCUAGAUGGCGCACUUGAGGAUGGUGGUUUUGUAGAUAAUCUAGGAACACAUAGUCUGGUCGCAGGACUUUGGUCAUGUGUUUAUUCCCUUGGAGAAAUGAUGGGACCUGCGAUAGGUGGCGCUCUUUUAGAACAAUGGGGCUUUCCAACUGCAGCAUCAGCAAUUGCUUGUGUUAACUUCACCGGCGCAAUAUUUUCCUCAAUAUUCUUUUACUUCCGUCGGAAAAAGGACCUAUCAUGCGAUAUUCUCUCGCCAAAAUUAACGCAGAGUGAGGAUAAGUACGAGAUUGCCGUGGAGAAGGAGAAAAAGAACGGGGAGUUGCAUAUACGUGCCACAAAUGGCGAUAUUAACAAAACCGUAGUGAAUUAAUUAAAUAAUUAGAAUUUGGCAUAAAAAUUACUACAGGAUGCGGCAGAAACGCGAUUUAUUUUAAUCAAUUAAUGUUUCAUUCAUUCAAAUAUUCAAAUAUCUGUAAUGAUGAAUAAAAUCCAUCCAAGUUUUAAAGUGAUAGAUUUUCUGCCUCAACUUGUAUAAAACUAAAGCAGGGACAUAGAAAUACUUCAAAUUGAAGAAAAAAAAACAAGUGUAUAUUAGAAAAUUAAUAGAAAACACUUCGCACUUAGACCGAAGUAAAAUUAAUAAAAAUUUACUGCGAUAAUGAUAAACAAUAGUUCAGUUUUAGAAUACUAAAGAUUUUGCACAGAUUUAAGAUGAAUUAUUCAAUAGAUAGAUUUCAAUUUUUGAAACAUCUACCCAAGUAAUAUUAGAAAUUUUGUAAAUUCAUUGAAAAAGUGAUCAAAUAAAUUAUUCACAUAAAAUAA